AUGAACAAGGGGACCUGUAUUCUUGGGCUGCAGCCACAGCAGCUACGGCAGGUGCUGUUUGCUGCUGGUGCGCUGCUGCGACUGGUCCUGUUGGCGUUUGGAGAGUGGCAAGACUCUCACUUGGCUGUGAAAUUUACUGACAUCGAUUACAAGGUGUACACCGAUGCUGCUGAGCGCGUCUUAAAGGGAGGAUCGCCGUAUGAGCGGCAUACCUACAGAUAUUCCCCUCUGGUGGCAUACUUUUGCCUGCCCAACUUACUGGGCUGUCCAAUUUUCGGGAAGCUGUUGUUCUGUUGCGUUGAUAUGGGGGUAGCUCUGCUCAUUGAGCAAGGACUCUGGAAGAUAUACCUGCAACGCCAGCAGCAGAAGCAAGAUCAAUCGUUCUCUACGGGUCAAUGCGAGCGCACAGGAGGGGCCGCAAGCUCCAACGCCGCUUACCCUUUGCAUACGUUUUUGCUGCCUUGCUGUUGCUGGCUAUUCCACCCGGUUGUGGCUACCGUCAGCGCACGCGGGAACGCCGACUCUGUGCCGUGUCUCCUCGUAUUGCUUACAGUGACUGCUGUUAGAGCCCAAAGGCUGUUUCUCUCUGCAGUCCUCUACGGGCUUGCAGUGCACCUCAAGGUCUACCCUGUCAUCUACGGGGUGCCCAUUCUCCUUUACAUGCAGCCGGGGGCGCUGCCUGACAACUUGACGACGCUACCACGACGACCGACGGGUUUGUGGCAGCAGUUGCUGUGGGUUGUGGUUAAAGCUCCUGUUGCCGCGCUGCUGCUGCCGUUUCGAGUGUGCUGGUUCUUACUGUGGAGGAUGGGGCGAAGGCAGUGGGCCUUCGGUCUCCUCUCCGUUGCAACUUGCUUCGCCGUGGGCUGUCUCUUCUACUACAUGUACGGGUUCCCGUUUGUCUUCGAGUCUUACCUUUAUCAUGCCACCCGCAGCGAUCACCGGCACAACAUGUCUCCCUACUUUUAUCUGCUGUACCUGGACUCUGUGGCGCCGGUGAAGAACACUCUACUACAGACGGGGCUGGCGAUGGCGGUGUUUCAGGUGACCUGUUUGUUUUGGCUAUUUUAUGGAUAUGAACUGGAGUUCGAGGGAAAACCUGUUUUCCUGGAGCUUGCUUUGGCCUCCGCGGUGUUCGCCAGCAGCCAGAUGGGCCUUGUUGUGUUCUUCGCGCACAAAAUUCGGUCAAAAAAUAAGAUGCAAAGGGCCACAGAUGCCGCCUCCGCGUCUUCAGCGGCUGCUGUGCUCGAGAGGAAAAGAGUUUGA